AUGUCCUUGCCCUCCACCAUCGUACCAUUCACCACAAUCACCGAGUUUGCUCUCAACAUGGCCGCCUACCUCCCCACCCUUCCCGCUGACGGCGGCUUGCUUCCGUACUGGCUCCUGAUCACCAGUGCCGCGUCGGUGUACAACGUGGCCCAAAACUACGUUACCCUCAAGCAGUCCAAGGAGGUGUACGGCGGCAAGCCUGACCUCAUGAACCCCCUCGCUGGCCGUCUGUUCGGUGCUUGGACCGCCAUGGCUGCUGUUGUUCGCGCUCUCGCGGCGUACGACAUCUCCAACCCUGGCCUUUACACUCUCGCCAUUUGCGCGUUUGGCGUCGCGACCUUCCACUUUGGCACCGAGUGGCUCAUCUUUGGCACGGUCAAGCUCAACCGCGCCUCCAUCGGCCCCCUCCUUGUUGGCUCGUCCGGUGUCGUGUGGAUGCUCACGCAGCGCUCAUACUACCUUGGCCUCUAA